AUGUAGGAAUUUUAUUCGGUUAGGAGAGGGAAGUGAGGUACUUCACUUUCAUCAAACGGUGCUUCGUCAUUGGCGUGAAGGCGGCCAGUAAUAGAAGUCCCUCCGGGUCUCGGAGGUGGAACGUGGUAAAUCUCAAACUCUUUUGCGUGGUCUAUGGAAGAUGUCAUGUGGCUUGUUGUUCAAACGCGUUUAGUGGCAACGCAUUUGCAGUACCAACUAGUGACAGAUCCGGUAGCGUUGCUACUUCUACUUGCAUGAUUUCGGCUCAAUGUAGAUGGAGCCACUGUCUCAACCCGAAUUUCGCAGUUUCAAAACCGCUGAUUAUAACUUAUGUGGUCUUCUUUCGCGAGAAUAUGCGUCUCAUGGGCAAUGUAGCAACUGGCUGUGUUUUAACAGUCUCAUUCUUGUACCAGGAUUCUAGGUGCUUCAAUGGAUUUUCGCUAUAGGAGUCACCUAGGUUGUGGUCAUGUUUUGUUAUCUGUUUUUUAGUGGUAGAAUUAGAUGGUUUAAGAGACGGUUUGUUCCGGAUUUUGGGAUGAACCCUUUUACGCAGUGGUGAAAAAUACAAUAAUGUACUUUAGGUUGCGCUGGAUCCAAGUGAGAGAUCACCUAGUGAGUGUUCCAGAGUCUUGAUAAGAUGCAUUGUUUUUGAUAAGAUGCAUUGUUGUAUGUGUGGUUAAACUGGGGUGGUCAAAUACUUUGUACCAAUUUAUUGGUUAAUGAAAUAAUUGAUGUUGAGAUAAAAAAGAUUCAUUUUUUGUCGCAUGGAUCAAGUUCUGAUGUGUGUGGCUCCUAGCCUCCAAGUUCUAUAUACAAAGUUACAAAGGUUAAUUCAAAAAUAAACUCUGGCUUUUGCUUUGUUAUUGUAACCCAACCAUAAUGAUUUGCAUCAUCUUACUGCAAAUUCCAUUGAAUUUUCCCUCUUUUCCAUUUUCUAAAAAAAACGUUGUGUAAAUUGUACAUAAAAAAUGGUAAUCUAUUGUAUAUUAAUUUGAUUUACAGGUUUAUUUAUAUGUGAAAGUGUAGUUUCUGUCUGAUCUUACAGAAGAUAAUUAAAAGUUGAAGUUAAAAAUCUGACCCAAAAAAAACCAAAAUUAGCCGGUAGGCAAAACCAAAAAUGUAGCUAACCGAACUAAACCGAACUCAAUUACUCGCCAAUCCCGAUCAGAGUUCUCCGCGCUGCCAAACAAAGUGUCUGCCUUCAUCUCCCGCAAACCUCCCGUCAACACGCGACGGACUACAAACGCCGGUGACCUAAUCUCUUCGCUAUUCUCCGCCGAGCGGAUACCUCCGGCUGAUAUCGAAGAUAACUCAAAGAUGGACAACACCGGGAUCAUUAAGCAAGAAGCACCACCGCCUCUUCCUCUUGAGAUCUUUGAGAUACCGGGAGAGCCUGCGGUUGUUAUCAACGGUGUCCCUGACGAGCCUCAAACAGAUUCUAUGAUAGCCAAAGACGAACCAAAACCCGCCACUGUAGGAUGUGGAGAAUGGCUUGAAGGUAGAGAAGUUCGGAAGUUUUUCUUGGGUCAGUACUAUUCCGGUACGGUGACAAAGUUCGACAAAGGCACUGGGUGGUACAUGGUUGAGUAUGAAGAUGGGGAUUCUGAAGAACUUGACUGGUCUGAGCUAGAAGAAGUGCUUCUACCUAUGGAUACCAAGAACUCCAACACAAAUGGGUUUGGUUAUUGUGGAGAAAAAAUUAAUUUAAAACACAAAACAUCGGAAGCUUUCUCAAAAACAGUGAAGGCACCAUAUCAAGCACAUAGGCCGAAGAAGCUAAUUGUAGUCAUUGACGAUCCAUUGACCGUUGGACCCGAGAUCACCUCAGAGGAAGUAGGGAGAGCCCAAGGGAUGUACGCAUCGGCCGACCAGAAGAGUUUCGGUUUGUUUGUGGCUUUUAACUUGGUGUUCACAAAGGGUGAGUUUGCCGGUAGCACGGCGUCGUUAUAUGGUCGGAAUCCGGUAAUGUCGAAGGUGAGAGAGAUGCCGAUCAUCGCAGGCACGGGUGCUUUCAGGUUCGGAAGAGGAUAUGCACAGGCCAGGACUUUUACUUUCAAUACUACGAGUGGAAAUGCUGUGGUUGAGUACAAUGUCUAUAUUUGGCACUAAGAUGGAAAACUCGGUUGAAUACACUAAGAGGGGAAUAAAAUGUUUUUUUCUAAUUUAUAUUGUGAUUUGAUGUUUUUAUUGUAAUAAGUUUUGGUUCUUAUGUAUUUUAUGUGGUGAAUUUUGUUGUGAAGAUAAUCCAUUUAAUUACUAUAAUAUUUUUGCUUUGUUUCACCUUAUCAAAUCUACAAUUGACAAUAGAAAAAAGUGUUUGAAAAAUAUGAAACUGACUAGAGGUGGAUAUAUAUAUAUAUAUGACAUGAUCAUGUGAAAGCUCCCACACAUUCAUAUAUGAAGAGGUACAUUUUUACCAUGGAAUGUUACUGUCCGACUGAUAUCAAUAAUAAUCAAUAAUCGACAAACACAGUCACAAGCUUAUAGACACACGUCAAAACGCAAGCCUAAGAAUUAUCUAACACGAUACUGCUAAUCGCCAAAGUGAAGAUGGUUAACAGGGAAAAACACUUGAAUAGUAUUCUCCUCACUUUAAUAUUUUAGACGACUAUUAGAACAUUGUACAAGCGUAAGGAAUUAAGUUUCGUUUAAAAUAGUUAUAUUUUCAAGGUGCACUUAAGUUUUUUUGAUACAUACAUACAUGUCUCCAACUUUCCUUUUUUUAAUAAAACAUAUCUGUCUUGAAUCUUUUCAACUCUUUUUAUAUAUUAAUUUACAGGCUACUUUAGUAUUUCAAACAUCUAAGGAGAUUUUGCUUGUUAGCACGUACUGCUUGUUUUUGCUGUCAAACAUAUAAAAUUAUAACUGUGUUGUAUAUAAAUUAUGCAAGCACUGGUACGCACACUAGAGAAAGCUCCCCCGCAUACAUCUAACAACGUUAAAACAAUAUCUGAAAAUAUGUUAUCUCCAUUUAUAAUUAAAUAGAUGGUGGUCCACACAUAAAAAAACUUCGCAAAAAAUCAAACUCAUCUAUCAUUUUCUGUAAUUAUAAAACAUUGUGAUAAAAUUAUGUUUAUGCAUUAUAUAUCACGGUCUAUGUAAUUUUCGAAAAUAUUUAACAAAACUAAGAUUUUUGUAACUGACAUUGAUUGUGUAUGUACUGUAGAAUUAGAACCUAGAGUGUCCAACUCUGAAAGAGACCUGUGGGCUCAUGUUCUUUAACUUGCCUUGCAUUUGUUUUACAGGAAUUGUUAUGUUCCUGCUUCCUAAUCUGCUAAAAGACAAAUAUUUAUUAUCAUAAAUUGAGGUUACAUUUCAUUGCUUGUUAAUGGUUUUAAUGUAUUGCGAUUAUACGCCAAGUAUAUAACUCAAUCUGGUCCGUUUAUGAUAGGUCUUGCAGAUUUGCAAACCUGGCCACAUAGGACUCUGAUUCUUAAAAUUCAAGUCUACUCCGGUUCAAUCAUGUGAUCGUGCGAACCAUUAUAUGUUAACCUGCAUAGGUUGAAUCUGCAAUCUGAUUUUAUAUAUAUACAAGUUGUUUAAAAUUUUAAAUAUGAGUGUAUGACUGCCACAGUUAAUCUACUCAGAAGUAUUAUCCGAAAAUUUUAGACCUCUCACAAGAAUUAUAAAAGUGUCGAGUAAUUGUAUCCCAAAAGUGUAUAGAAAAUACCAUUUUGAUACCAUAUCCAGCUUUUUCUGCAUGGAGUAUACAAUUAACUGAAACCUCACGACUAAAUAAACGUACCUUAUUUUUGGUUGUUAGAUACAACAAGAAAAUUGAAGAAAUAAGAAGUAAUGUAUAUUCUUAAAAACAAAAAGGAACAUGUAAUGUGUGAAUAUAUACAUGAAUAGAAGAGUAGUGGAGUUGUAUCCAAGAAAAGAAGGAGAUGGGCAUAGAAAGUGAGAGGUUAAUGGUUAUGGUCCCUUCACCAAAAGCCAAAUCAUCCUGAAGCAUAUAACUAUGAUGGUAAAUCAAAAGUGUUACCCAUAGCUGGUAGUUCAGCAUCUGCGGGGAAAGUGAUAUUUAGCAACCGUUUUUGUCUAUGGCCCAAAGAGAUUAUGGGGUUCAGCCAAGAACAUCUUGCAAUAAAAAAAAAAAAAAAUCAACGGUGUUAGUAAGUUUGUAACCGAGUGUUUGUGUUGGGGUUUCGGAGAGACUUUGUGGAUUUUAAAGGCCAUAUAUGGUUCAACUUCAUUCAACGGGCCCACCAAUAAACUGUGUGAUUUUUUUGGUUUGUAAUUACAUAGAAGAAAGUACAUAACUAUAUAUGAUGUAGUUUGUAACAGCUAACAAAUGACUUGACCAAAGAACCAGACGAUUCAAUCAAAAGGGUCCGGUUUGUAAAUUUCAAUUCUAUGGAAAACUCAAAAUCCUAAACUCAGACUGGAAACUUCCCAUGUAGGCCCAUAAAAGCUCAGUUAAACUGUCCUGCUACCCAAUUUGAGCAUACCUAACACAUCAUUUAUGUAUAUAUGUAUCGUUUCACGUGUGAAGUAAAAGUACAAGUCUAUCACGGACUGGUUUAUCAAUCCCGCUCGAUCGAUGUUUCUGAUAUUUAUGAAGUCUCACGUGUAUGUGUAAUGCCAUUUUGAUGAUAAGAGGGAAUGGCUUUGAACCAAUAAUGAAGGCAUUCAUAGAAUCUAUUUGGAUCCAUUCAAACCAAGUGUCUUCAGGUUAUGUCGUAUGCUAUUAAUUACAGUAUAACGUCUUUUAUCAUUUUGUCUUUACUAAUUAAUAUCUGCUGACAUUUUCUUCUAAAAACAAAAGAAACCCUAAACUGUAUAUAAGAACUUUUUGAACACACCUACGGCCAUGCUAAAGCUCAAGAAGCGCUCAUUUUAGGCGCCAAAAUUUGUAAAAAAAAAUAAAAAAUUUGUAGAGGUUGUAGGGAAUCAAUUUUUUUAUGGUAAUGGUUUACAGGAAAAAUUUCAUGCUUUAGACUUCUAAAUACAUAUGUGGAACCGGGCCUGAACCCACACACCCAUACUUUGUAUUGACCGUAUAAAUUACAGUCUGUUGCAGGUUUCUCCCUCGAACGUAGUAUGUAUAUGUCUCAUGGCUUCCGUUUUAAAGGGAGUAGUAUUAUAGUAUAUAUAACGUAUCUCACAAAUAUUAUUGGUUAACAUGUCUUUUGUUGGGGGUGAAUAAACAUAUAUUAGUAAAUCAAAUAUUUUAUAAUUUCAAAUGGUCAUUUUUCAAUGAUUGGAUCAGUCACCACAACCAUUUAGUACUCAUGCACAAAGAUAUUUAAUGAUGCAAACUCUAACAUUUGCAGCAUUAAAAUAUACUUUAUGACUUGAAAAUCUUCUAGUGCUGCAAAUGCUAUAGUUUGCACAAAUGAAUAUCUUUGUUUAUGUAUUAUAGUUUUGAAGAUAUGGAUCUCGUGGAUACGGAUAGCGCGGGAGCGGGAAACAAAAGACAUAUAUGGCACACCUUGCAAUGUUUGUAAACAUUAUCUACAAGAGAUUUUUGGCGGAUUAGACACCGAACAUUUAAUGAAAUUUGAACUAUUGGGUGAGUGCAGACAAGCGUUCACCGUUAGCCAUAGCCAUUGACAUUGACAUCGACGUAUUAGAUUGGUGUUUUAUUUCAAUUGAAUUGGCCAUGCGCGGCUCACACAUAAGUUUUCAUUGAAAAACUGUCGACGUUUUUCAACUCUUUUAUUCACACACACACACUUUAUAUAUAUACUAUAUAUAAAGGAUAUAGAAGAUUGGACUCUUGGGUAGAGUUGAUUGCGUAUCAAUUUUCAUAAGAAGGCUUUGUCAAUAAUGAGACAUAUAUAUAUGUCAUUAUUGACAAAGCCUUAUAAUGUAUUAAUAAUGAGACAUACAUAUACACCAUAUCAUCCGUAUACAUUUCAUCAAUUAAGAAUGAAUCACUCUCGCAUUAUUUUUUUUUUUAACUGGCUUUCAUAUUGAAAUAAAAUAAAGAAACAGAGUUUACAAAGUUGAACCAAGGCAGAAGAAACAAAGAAACAAAAACAACUGGAAUAAUCAUGAUUCACAAUUUAAGUUGACAAUAAGUGUUGUCUUAGAUAUAUAAUUUCUCAUUUUCGUUCUUCGAUAUAGAGAAUUCAGUGUUAAUUUCAUCUAUCUAAACGAUGAUGACAUAUUGUUGACAAAAAACGAUGAGUCGAUGAUGACAAGGUAUUACUUGUAUAAACAAAAAUGUAUCGUAUGUACCUUGUCCAAAAACAUGUAUCGUAUAUUAAUGCAUAUAAUAAACUUAUAAAAGAAACUUAAAAUUUGUAUUGUUGUAAAGUUCUCUAUAGAUAUAAAAGGUGAUGUUAUAUUUCCUUAUAGAGAUACAUUUAUUAUAUACCAUUGUUGGCGUUUUGCGAUCGAUAUGUAAAGAAAGCUGCAUGAUUAUAUACUUUUUUUAAAGAAAGUCAAGGAGCUGCAUGAUGGGAUUUAAGUUGAUUACUAAUCAAGAGGUUGAUUGGGGAGUGCUUUAGAAGUUUCUACAGCUCAAAAUAUUUUCAAAGCAUAAAUUUUUAUCAAUUAUGUUUUGUAAAGAUUUUUUAAAGCUACUGAUUUUUUUUUACCUUUUUAUUUAUUUUUGGCUUUGGAAAACAAUAAAUCUAGAAUAUUUAUUUUUUGCUUUAGAAAAUUUAUAUGCAAGUCAUUAAAUCUACAACUAAAAUCCUACAGCAAAAUUAUUUACAGUCACAGCUAAAAAAUCUACAGUUUUAUUUCUACAGCAAAAAAAUUUAAAUCUACAGCUUCUUUCGAUCAUUCCCUAAAUAAUAUAGUUUUAGUUAGUUUAUUAGCAUUAACUACCGCUCAAGCGUGGUUGCGAGUUUGUAAUUCAAGUCUUCCUUCAUUUUGUAAAAACGCAGGGUGCUAAAAAAUAAAGAAAGCUACCAAUAUGUCGUAGAUUGUUAAUCGUUUGUAACUGUAAAUGUGGGCAGAACAACAACAUGCUGUAAAAUGUGCUUUCUAUAAAAUCAAAAAUAAAACGACGAAUACGCCACAGAACAUGUGUGUCUUGCUUUCAAAAAAAAAAA